UCAACAGGAACAGGAAAGGGCGGGGCUAAACGGAAGAAAGGCGACUGUAGUUAUCAUCAUGGCGGGAUACAUGAAAGAACGAAAGCAUGUAAUGUGUACAAGAGCCGAGUCCCUAAUUUUUACGGUGCUGCUUUUUUGUUUACCUCAAACAUCAUCACAAGAUACAGGUAACAAGCCAGCAAUAAUCGAUCUCAGGGAUGGAGAGUCUUAUGCAAUGGCCGGCACCAACCUGUUCUGCUACACAAACACCAUUGUACCAAACUGGAGGCAAACUUGGACAAGAAUUCAGGUCAGAGUUUGGAGUCUACAGGUGUUCAAGGUGGAAACCAUAGGAGGUGAGGAAGAGCUGCAAGAGCUGGAGCGCUUCACUCUCUGGAGCUGGGUCCAGAGUAUGUUGCGCGAAGGUCACAAUGAAACCACGAUAAACAUCAACCUCUUCAGCACCAAGACAUGUUUCAAGAUUGAACCUACUGACAAGACCGAGUACACUGUGAAGUCGCUACGCAAGUUUGACAUCUAUUUAUUUAUUGUUUUCCUCGCUGGAGUGAUGCUAUUUGUCUUUGCUGACUCGCUUAGUAGGAGCCAAAUCUUCUUCUACUCUGCUGGCAUGGGUACAGGAAUGAUUGCUUCUCUCAUCAUUGUAUUUUUCUUACUGGCUCGGCUUUUGCCCAGGAAAAGCCCCUUUUAUUUAUUUGUUGUUGGCGGAUGGUCAUUCUCCGUGUACACCAUCCAGCUUGUCUGUAGGAACCUCAACCUGAUCCUUCAAGAACAUUGGCAUGCUGCUUUAGGUUACGUGGGAGUGGUGGGCUUCAUCAGUUUCGCUGUGUGUUACCGCUACGGCCCUCUGGUGGAUGAAAAGAGCGUCAACAUUCUGUCAUGGACGCUGCAGCUGUUCGGCUUGCUCUUCAUUUAUCUAGGAAUUCAAAUCCAGCAAGUCGCAUUCGCCGUUAUUGUUGCAGCCCUGUUUGCUAAGAAUCUGGAAUACCCCAUCAGAGUGGCAGUCCAUGUAGUGAGGAAAAUCCGGCACUAUCUUCACUUGAAGCCGGAGAAGCGUCGCCUGCUGACGGAGGAAGAGUAUCGCAAGCAAGGGGAAGAGGAGACUUUGCGUUCUCUGGAAGAGUUGCGGAAGUACUGCAACAGCCCGGAGUUCAGCCCCUGGAAGGCAGUCAGCAGGCUUCAGUCACCCAAGAGAUUUGCUGAUUUCAUCGAGGGAUCAUCUCACUUGAUGGCUAAUGAGGUUUCCGUUCAUGCUCAGGAAUAUGGCUGCAGAGAUUUUUGGGUGGACGACUUUUUUGACACGGAUGACGAAGAUGAAGACCCAUCUAGCCUCUUCCAAAACCAUGGUGCAGCAACGCUUAUGCCUUAAAAAAAAAAAAAAGUGAACCUUGAAUUUCUAUCUUUUGGGAUAUUGAUGGCACCCUGCGGCUUCAACACUAACGCUCAGACCAGUUGAGCCACUGGGUUGUAGAAGAAGUUGUAGACCAUUACAGACUCAAGGAUGGUUAUUUUUUAUUAAGAUUAUAUAUUUUUUUCCACAAUGUACAGUAGCAGGAUAACCUCACGUAAGGGUCCUUAAGAAUGAGGUCAAACUAUGAAUGCGGGACACAGUUUACGGUAGCGAAAACACAUUUUGUUACAGUACUGUACAUGACUGUAGUAUACUGUAGUUAGAUCUGAUAAAGUUUCAUGUUUAUUUUGAAACGGUGUGAUUGUAUUCUCUUGGUGCAAGCCUUUUUUUCCCUCACUGUAUUUUCUAUUCAAGUAUAAUAAUAAAAAUAUGGAAAUGUAA